AUGCGGCCGGGGCCGGCGCUCCUCCUCCUGGGCCUGGGCCUGAGCCUGAGCGGUGGCCCUGGCCGCCGCCCUCUGACCUCGGCUCCUCACGGGGCCCGUGCCACCGUCCCCAGGGUGCCCGGCUCGCCGUCCGGCGACCUCCUCAACCGGGAGCCCACUUCGGCCCGCCGCGCCCCGCCCAAGGCCCGGGUCCGCAUCCCGGCGCGGACCCGGGCGGCCGUGCUGCGCUCGGUCAGGGGCGCCCGGGGCCUCGGGGUGCGCGGCGGCGGCGGCAGCGGCGUUGGCGGCGGCCGCGCCCACCUCAGCCUACGGCCCCGCGCGGCCCCGGGCGGCGGCGUCAUCCUGAGCGGCCGCCACGACCUCUGUCAGCGGGCCGGGCGGCUCGCAGGCCCGGCGCCGCGCUGCCUCCGCGCGCAUGUCCUGCUGCGCGCCCGCCGCGCUGCCGCGGCCGCCGCCGCCGCGCCCGCCCGCGUGGACCUGCAGGUGUCGGCGCCCGGCGGCCGGCUCUCCCGGCGCUGGCUCGCCCGCUUGCCGCGCUCCCUCGGGCGUCUGGAGUGGACCUCCCGCCUCGGGCUGCUUGGGCCCACGGUCCCCACGGCCGCCGCUGCCGCCACCCGCGUGUCGCCCCGCUCGGCUCUGCCCCGCGGCCCACGCUCCUACGCGGGCUUAGUGGCCAGAACCAAGUGUCCCACGGAUGGGCCCACGGCUGUCGUCUUAGAGGCUGCCAACCCGAACAGUUCCCAAGCCAUGGAGUCCUCGGUGUCCUGUCAGAUAUCACGCUCGGGGGCCUGUGUGUUGGAUCUGGUGAGGAUCAAUAGAAAUGACGAUUCUCCCCUGCAGCUGACCAGGAAGAUGGAAGUCACCAUCAAUGCCACGGUUAAGGUCCGCUGCCCAAUCCAAAGGUUCUUUGGUCAAUAUUGGAAACUCUUUUCCGUGGCCUCUGUAUCUGACAAGCCGGACUGGACUAAACCUUUGCAAAACCCACCUUUCAAGUCAGAGAACACUCCAUCAAGUAUACGUAUCUCUGCACAUUCUUUAUCUUGGGGGGUGUAUCUGCUUAAUUUCUCCGUGUACAUCGUCACAUAUGAUCCAAAGAUACCUCUGAAGAAAGACUCAGAUUCCAUCUAUAUCAUCAUUGUUAGAAGUCCCCUGGAGGCGGUUAUUCCUGGGGAUACCAACAUCACAGUUAAUUUCACAGAUGGGCUGACUCUGAAUGGAAAUAUGUCCUCUGAUCCAGAGGCAGAAAACCCUUUAGAGGGACUUCAUUUUUUUUGGUACUGUACCACAGACCCAAGAAACUACAAUGGACAUGAAAUUACAGUGAGGAGCAAGGAAAUCUGUCUCCCAGAGCAGGUUGAUCUCAGGUGGACAUGGGCCUCUGGUCCUAUACUCACACUUUUGCCAGAAACACUUCAUGGCGGCCGUGUGUAUUUUUUCAGACUGGUGAUCCAGAAGAACGACAGAACAGCAUUUUCUGAUAGGCCAGUGCAUGUGCUCCAAGGACCAGCACCUGUAGCAAGCAUUUCAUGUAUUGAAAAUUGUGAUACAGUUUUGAUUAUAUCAGAGAGAUUUUCUUUGUCUCUAGAAUGCCUGCGUUGUAAAGCAGGCCGUGAUGUCUAUCGAUGGUCCAUUCUGUCGUCUUCAGGUGAUAAGAUGCCAUUUGAUUGGAUGGGGCAGACUACAACUGGGCGGAAUGGUGCUUAUUUGUCUGUAAAAGCUUUCACUUUUCGGCGUUUCGUUGAAGAUAAGUUUUGGAUUUCUCUAAAUCUAGCAACCUGGGGUGGAUCGAGCUUGGUCCUAAGGCAUCCCUUCGUUAUUCACCAUGUCCCUGAAACCACAGAAUGCAAAAUUGAUCCAGCUAAAGGAAUUGCAUUCAUUACUAAAUUUGUUGUCCAUUGUAGUAGUUUCAAGGAUAAGAACAUUGUUCUUACAUAUAAAAUAAUAGUUCCUGAUGUGCGUGGUUUUGGUGAAAUCAGUUCUUUAGAGAAUAACUUUGGGUCCAUCGUCUAUUUGGGGAAGGAUUGCACAGCGCCCCCUUCCUUUCUCCCUGUUGGUGUGUUGGCCAAUCAUUACGCCUUGAAAAUAUAUGCUCAGGCAUAUAAUACCUCUCUGGGAGCUUUUUCUCAGGUGACUUUGUACGCCACUGUACAGGCUCCCACUGACAUAAACUCAUCAAGGACUGUGCUGCAGGAGUUAUUCAGUUCCACUAUGGGACCAGAUUCAUCGCUGUCUACUUUGCUUCAACAGCAGGACUUUUUACCUGCAGGUUAUUUAAUGUAUAUUGUAGCUUCUGUCUUGAAUAGCAUGAAAACCGACUCACAUCUACAAGCUGACCAAAUUAGACUCCGAGAACACCUUUUCAAUCAGUCUUUCAUUCUUCCUGUAAACACUUUGGUGGAAGUUAGCCAGGUGGUCAUGACUGUUACUAAAUUAAUGCAGAAAACCUCUGAGUUCUCCUCAGUUGUUCAGAAACUGGCCACGGUGAGGAUUUGGCAAGCAAGCCAAGCCUUCCAAGAGUGUCACAGAGAUAAGCACAUUUCUUCUGAGCAAACAGAAAGUGUAAGCACUGGAAUAUUAACAAGUUUGUCUAAUAUCCUGAAACUGAUGGUUCGUCAUGAAGUGGUUGAAGAGCCUUUCCACGUCAUUGAAUCUCUAGCAGAGACAGUAUUGGCUGUGAAAGUGCCAGAGGAUAAGACCACUGCAAUGAGAACCUCCAACUUUAACACGUAUGUCAAGAAAACGGAAAAGUGGAAUGUUACCAAGUUUUUCAGCACUGAGAAACACUGUCGAAAUUGUUUUUAUUCAACCCUAAAUGUGAGCAGCGUUCCUAGUCUGCCUGCCAGUGCUCCAAUUUCUACCACGUUUUGUGAGUUUGCAGAUGACCCUUUCCUUUGGCUAAAUUAUGGGGAAAACAUUUUGACCGAGGUGGUUGGAUUCCGAAUGACAGGAACCGAGGCUACCGGUGACGUGAUUGAGAUCACACCUGAUGUAGUGGAAGUGUACCUCAUCAGAAAAAACUUGAGCUUUGGGACUUUUAAUCUCACGGUGGGACCCAGCAAGGAGUCUCAUAAAGCGGAUGAGUCAUUGAGAAAGACGACGGGGGAAUUUAGCUUUGAAGUGGACAGCAGAGCAGGGAAGGAGGUGUUGAUCCACAUUGUGACAGAAGUGGCCGUGUUGUUCACAGUGUUGGUGUAUGCUGGCCAUCAGAUCACACCCACCGCUUUGAUCGCCACCUACCUCGUGCCCCAUCGCAUCCCUCCAAUUGCCAAAGACAGUGACCUGUUUGACCCUGACUGUACAGUGACGGAGGCCCGUGUGGUUUGCCUUCCCCCAUCCCUGUUGAGGGUCAUAGCUCAGCGAACCAGCUCCUCUGAGUGUACCGUCGCUGUGGUUCUGCAGGCACCUCAUUUUGUCCUAAAGCCCAAUGACAAGUUAGUGAGAAUUUCUGUUUUCAGCACUCAAUGCUUGGACAUGUAUGGGAUCCAGAGCGAUUGGAGCGAAGAUACCUGCGUUGUUGGAGAGAAAACCACCUGGCAGAAAGUGCACUGUAUCUGCAAGAACCCAGGGCAGGCCAAGCGGCAGCUGGACGCAAUGAAACUAGCCAACCUUCACCAGCAUACCCACUAUUUGACGGCCAAGAGGAGACCUCAGGUGACCCUAAGGGAGGUCGCUCCUUGGAAGCAUCCGUGGACACCAGCAGCAAGUGAACACUGGGAAGAACGAUUAGCAAAGUGGCACGCUCAUGAAACUGACAACGCACGCUCCCAGGAGCCUGAAAAGCUUCCACCUACUAGGAGAAGUCCUGGACUUCCCAAGGCUUCUGUCAAGGCCACCUCUAAAAGACGGCCCCAGCCCAAGCGAGCAGAAAGCAAGGUCUCCCACACCCAAAGAAAAAAUAAAAACGCCAAUAACCCAAACGUUGAAGACAAUCAAAGUGUUUCUUUUGGAGAGCACUCUCCCCAGCCCGGUGCUACACCCCUCAAAGAGAAGACCAGGAUUGUUCUGCCGUGGUGUUGCAUUUAUGUCGCAUGGCUCUUGUUUUUUGUCACUUGUAGCAUAUCCUCAUUCUUUAUUGUAUUUUAUGGACUGACUUACGACUACAAAAAGUCAAUAGAAUGGCUGUUUGCAUCAUUUUGUUGCUUCUUGCAGUCAGUUUUUCUGGUGCAACCAUCUAAAAUUAUACUCGUGUCAGGCUACAGAACAAGUAAGCCCAAGUAUUGUAAAAACCUUCCGUGGGUCGGCAACUGUUGCUACAGUGAGACCAAGCUGCAGAGCAUCACGAAGAACCCAGAGGAAAUGCGCAGGCGCCAGCAGCACAUCGUCCAGCUCCGAAGCUCGAGGAUGUACCAGCCCCUCACUGAAGACAAAAUCACAAUAUUCAAAAGAAAGAAGAGGAUCAAGAGAAGAGCUUUCCUGUUCCUGAGCUACAUCCUCACUCACUUCAUGUUUCUGGCCCUCCUGUUGAGCCUGGUCACCCUCCUACGCCACACCGACGGCUUUUACUAUAAUCAGUUUAUUCGUGACCAGUUCUCUGUGGAUCUGGCGUCGGUGACCAAGCUGGAAGACAUCUUUCCGUGGCUGAACAGCGUGCUGUUGCCUCUGCUCCACAACGACAUGCCUCCCACCUUUCUCCCUGACAGCUCCUCUAAAAUCCUUGGCCUGCCACUGAUGAGGCAGGUGAGGGCGCAACCUGGAGAGAAAACCUGCCUGCCUGCCAAAAUCUUCACGCAGGACAGCCUCAAAAGAGAGAUUGACUGUCACCCCGAAUACGGCACUGACCCAGAAGACACAAAAAGCUACUCUGGGUUGUGGAAUAGAGUUAGUAAGCGGGCUAUAGACAAGACUACGAAAGCAUUUACUUACAAGCCUCGAGAAAAGAGAUGGGUGUACUAUUCCUAUGGGCUAUUGCAUACGUACGGGUCAGGAGGGUAUGCGUUCUAUUUUUUUCUGGAAGAGCAGCAGUUUAAUUCCACACUGAGGCUCAGCGAACUCCAGGGAAGCCAUUGGCUGGAUGAGAAGACAUGGGCUGUGAUUUUGGAACUAACAACUUUUAAUCCAGACAUCACUCUCUUCUGCAGCAUCUCAGUCAUCUUUGAGGUCUCUCAGGUAGGAGUUGUGAACACUAGCCUGUCUGCGCACUCCUCCCUUGCCGAUUUCAACAGAAAAACUUCCGCAGAAAUCUACUUGUACGUGGCCAUCCUCAUUUUUUUUUUGGCCUACGUUGUCGACGAGGUCUACGUCAUCACACAAGAAAGGUCCGCCUAUGUGAAAAGUGUAUAUAAUUUGCUCAACUUUGCUUUAAAAUGCAUCUUUACCGUGUUGAUCAUGCUCUUUUUCAGGAAACACUUCUUGGCUGUCGGUAUAAUUCGGUUUUACCUGUCGAACUCUGAGGAUUUCAUUCCCUUUCAUGCAGUGUCUCAAGUAGAUCACGUCAUGAGGGUGAUUUUGGGUUUCCUGUUGUUUCUGACAAUCCUGAAGACCCUCAGGUAUUCCAGGUUCUUUUACAAUGUGCGUCUCGCACAGAGGGCCAUCCAGACUGCCCUUCCUGGCAUCUGCCACAUGGCACUAGUGGUGUCCGUGUAUUUCUUUGUCUACAUGACUUUUGGUUACCUGGUAUUCGGGCAGCACGAAUGGAACUACAGUGAUAUGAUUCACGCCACGCAGACAAUAUUCUCCUACUGCGUUUCAGCUUUUCAGAACACGGAAUUUUCCAAUAACUGGGUUCUCGGGGUCCUAUUUCUCUCAUGUUUUAUGCUGGUGAUGAUCUGCAUAUUGAUCAACUUAUUUCAGGCGGUGAUUUUGUCCGCCUACGAGGAAAUGAAGCAGCCCGUGUAUGAGGAGCCCUCAGAAGAAGCGGAAGCAAUGACCUACCUGUGUCACAGACUAAGAACUGCAUUUGGCUUCCUGUCCUUCAAAUCCAAGGCAGAAGACGAACCCAAGUUCUUUGUCAACAUGGUGUAUGGGCAGCCAGAGGAGAACAACAGCCAGUAUCUGGGGCUGAAGACCAGAAACAUUAAUGGGAAGAAAAUGGUUUAUCUCGUUGUGUGAUCCAUGACAGUUUCAAGGUCCACAGGCCAGCUUCUCUCAAAUGCUCAGUUUCUGGGAUUAAGGAACGUUUAAUGGCUCAGUUGUGCUUUCUACCCGUGUCCUUCACAAUGCACACCCCCUACGUUUGGAAGUAUCCGCAGUCUUGGCCUCCCCUUCGGAACUUGAAAGGAGGGUGUCAGAGUGCAGUGCAGCCUCUACAGAGAGAGGAGGAUGACAGCCUGUGAGUCCUAGGUUGAUUUCCCUGU